UCUCACGGGAGUACCAGUCGGGCCGCGGUUCCCACGGGCUGCUGGGCAGGUGCCAGCGCUGAGCUCAGAGUUUCCAUGCGGAGCAGCUGGUUCACACGCCAGCAGGACAGGGAUCACAGCCCUGGCUUCGAGUGGUCCCAAAGGGCAGCCAAGCUAUGGAAACCAGGGGGGCCUGAUGGGGCUGCUCCUGCCUGCUCCAGGUCUGGGGUGUGGGACCAACAGGGAUUCAGGGGGCCAUCACUAACCCUGUUCCACACCAGGACAGGCAAAGUGGACCAAGAGGGUGGGCAGCACAGCAGCAGUCCCCUCCUUCCUAUGGGGUGAGGGUGAUGUUGGAGCCUCCGUGCCUGGCCAGCCCAUGCCAGCUCUUCCUGCAUCACAGCUCCCAGGGGACCUGCUCCGCCCCAGCCACACUGGUGCAGGCAGGGGGACAAGGGGGAGCACACUCCCCCAGCCAGGGAGUGCCUGGCCUAUGUGGGACAGCGGCAACCAGCUGCGUGUAGCCAGCAGGACACAAGGACACAGCUCAGAGACCAUUGCAUCCCUGUGGCACAGAGGAGCUGAGCCCCCCUGGGAGCAGGGGUCUGCUGCAGAGGGGUCUGACCCUGCUCCAUCCUCACGAGGCACAAUGGCACCGGGAAGAGGGGACACAAGCCGCACUCGGGGAACAGCAGGGACAUGCGCAGCCACCCAGGCCGCCCUCUGCAAGGCCACGGCCGGGCACCGGCAGCUGGUGCUGCAGCUGGGGGGCAGCGCCGACAGCCCGCGGCUGCGGGAGGAACGGCGCAGGAGGAGUGCGGAGGCUCGGGAGCUCAGUGCUGGGCUGCGGCGGGCGCUGCUGGGUGGGCUGCGGCAGGCAGCAGCGAGCCCGGAGGAGCGGCGGGAGCUGGAGCGGCUGUGGGUGCUCUUCCUCUCCGCCCUGGAGCUCUUCUUGCAGGACCUGCACCGAGCCCACCAUCUCUGCCAGCUCUUCUCCAGGCAGGGUGGCGGCACAGCCCCACUGUGCACGGGGUUGGCAGGCCGGCGAGGGGGGGUCCUCAUGCAGCCCCCAGCCACCCCAGACCUGGAGGAGGAGAUCGAGCAGGUGAGGGCCACGCUGGCAGAGAUGGAGAGCAGGGCCAACAUCCCACUGUGGGCAGUGGAGGCCACGCAGCCAGCAGGGACCAGUGGCACCGCAGCAGGCGUAGCUCAGGGGGGGCCUCACAUGAGGCACUGCUGCAGGGUGCUGUGAGUGGGGCAUGGGGGAGGCAGCAGGGCUGGCACUCCCCAUAACUGCUCAGGCAUCACAGAGCAGGAGAUGAGGCCUUGUGUACCCUUCUGUCCAGGCAGGAAAUGGUGGGUGCUGCCCCUGCCCUGUGGUAACCCCACAGAGCCUUUUUGGGCUGCUGAGCUGCAACAAAACCCCAGCAGAAAAGUUAUAAACACGCAUUUAUUUAUACAUUAA